AUGGCUUUCGAUAUUCGUGAGGAAGAUGAACAGCAUGAAGAGUUUGAUGAGUAUGAAGAUGUCAAGCAACCCAACCGCCCUAAGUUCUAUCGCCGUCGCAAGUUCUGGAUGUUCUGUAUCCCUAUGAACAUCAUCGGUAUCAUCAUUGCUGUCGUCCUGGCUCUAUAUGUCAUCAUGCCCAAGAUUGCCCAGGGUCUCAUGAACAAGGCCACCAUCAACUUUACUCAGAUUGAUAUCACCAACCCCACUGCGACUUCCAUGGACAUUGUGAUGGCCGGAAAGAUGGAAAAGACUGGCCCCUUCCAUGCCGACAUCUCCUUCCCCGGCACUGUUACUGUCUCUUGGAACAACAAAGUCCUCGGCACCACUGUCAUUCCCGGUACAAGCACCGCCUCCGGUGGACAGGGUGAUUUGAACUUGCAGAGCAGCUUCCAGAUCUCCGAUGCCGCGGCAUUCGCAGAGUUCUCUGCCUACAUGCUCAACGCCGAGACAUUUGUCUGGCACCUUUCUGGCAAGUUGAACGUCAAGGCUCUUGGCCACACCGUGAAGGACCUCGACCUGGACAAGGACAUCACUGUCAAUGCAUUCCAAGGUCUCUCGGGUAUCAAGAUCGAAAAGUUUGCGCUCCCAGGCGAUGACCCUGCAGGAAAGGGUAUUCUCGUCAACAUCGACACCACCGUCAACAACCCCUCCGCCAUCCAGAUGUACAUGGGAGCCCUCACCCUCGCCAUUUCUUACAAGGACACUCUCAUGGGAUACGUCACCUCUUCUAACCUGACCAUGGUCCGUGGCCCCCAGAUCUUGAGCAUGAGCGGAUAUCUCGUCCCCCAGUCCACCCCCGAGGGUCUUGCUAUUACGUCCGAGAUGAUGUCGCGCUACAUUGGCAACGUGGUCACCGACACUAUUGCCACUGGUUUCGAGGUCAAGCCUGACGGUGUCAACUCGAUCGAGUGGCUGUCGACUGCUGUCAAGCAGCUCAAGUUGACUGUGCCUCUUCAGAGCCCUUCCCCCUUGCAGCUCAUCAAGUCCUUGAACCUCGGUGCCUUGGGUCUCACCUUCACUCCUCCCACAGCAUAUCAACCUGCCACUACCUCCACUGGUGUCAUUGCCGACUACUCUCUUCCCGACGGUUUCGGUUUCAACAUUGCUUUCACCCAGGUUGCCAACUCGUUCACUAUUACUCGUGGCGGCAUUGCCGUUGCUAGCUUGAACUCGAGCUACAACCCUUCGACCUCCAACAUGGCAGCUGGUACUCUGACCUUUGAUUUGUUGCAGACCCCUCUUGUUGUUGACCAGGCCUCGCAGAUAGCCUUCCAGGAGUUCAACCGCGACUUGACUAUUGGUGCCGAUCUCCCCUUCAGUGUUGUCGGUCAGGCCUCGGUCUAUGCCAACACCUCCAUCGGUAUAGUCAACUUGGUCAACAUCCCGUUCAACGCCUCAACUGCUCUUAGUGGUCUUCAGAGCCUCGCCAACCCCGCUCCCUCGAUCGCCGCUCUUCAAGUUGUCUCUGGUACCGCCACUGAGUUGACCAUGGCCAUCACUGUUGUCAUUGUCAACCCCUCGUCGAUCUCGCUCAGCGCCGGCGAUAUUGUGCUCAGUCUUGUCUACAAGGGUGUCGCCCUUGGCACUGUGACCAUGCCUAACCUCGCCAUUGUCCCUGGUGCCAACACCAUCCAGGCUUCGUCAUCAAUCAACCCUGCUGCUUCUCCUGAGGGUAUGGAGCUGUUGACGCUGUAUACCAGUGGUGCCGGUGCCACUGUCAGUAUUGUCGGUACUCCCACCAGUACAACUGUCGAUUCGCUCAAUCUUGCCUUUGGCGCAUUGACCAUUGAGACCCAGAUGCCUGGUCUCCCUACCAAGCUGCUCGCUGGUGCCUCGCUUGUUGUUCUCGACACCACUCUUGUUGAUGGUCUUGCUCAGACUGUUGUCUCUGUCAACAACCCCUUUGUCCCUCCCAUGACCAUUUUGUCGAUUGACUCUACCAUUACCUACAACGGCGUCGCUCUAGGAACUGUUGUGUCGACCUUUGGCACCCCUCCAGUCAUUCCUGGAGCUGGCGUUGGUACCAUCACGGCCGCUCUUACCAUGAACACCAACCCUCACGAUCUUGUCACUUUGAUCCGCGCUCAGGCUGUCUCUAACGGUUUGAACACUGCUGCCUUUGACGGUUUGCUCGAGCUUCAGGCUGGUGGCACCCCUUCGCCUGAUCUGUUUGUAGGUUUUAACGUCGCUGACUUUGUGACUAAGGCUAUGGCUGGACUCGCUGUCGACAUCACCAUGACCACCACCGUCAAGGUCGGCGACUACCAAGUGACGAUUCCCUACACCCAGACCGGAGUCCCCACUGGCACUGAUCAGACAAUUCUCAAGUUGAUCCCCGUCGUCGGUACUCCCAUUGCUCAGAUCCUUGUCAACGGCUCUGUUCUCGCCUUUGAUGCCAUCACGCUCAUCAACCCCACCGAGACCGCCUUCUCGACAGACAUUGUCGGCGCCAUCACCAAGACUGGACCCUUGGAUGCCGAGAUUAUGUUCCCUAACCCUCUCACAGUCUCGUACAAUGGCAAGGCGCUCGGAUCGAUGCUGAUGCCCACUGUCAAGGCCAUUGCCAACCAGGGUGCUACUUUGAACCUGGCCGGUGUCCCCUUCACCAUUACCGAUGGCGCCGCAUUUGCCGAUUUCACCACGUUUGCUCUGAACAACGAGAAGUUUGACUGGACGAUCUCGACCACGGGUAUUGUUGUCAACGCCAUGGGUGCCUCUCUUCCCGGUGUGUCGAUGACCAAGACUGUGACCCUCGAUGGAUUCAACAAACUACCUGGCCUGCAGCUGUUGGACUAUAAGAUCAGCGCCAUCGACUCGGCGGGUAUGCACAUGACUAUCAGCGCGUCGCUGUCGAACCCCUCGACCAUUGGUAUGACCAUCCCUGUCUCGCAGUUCGACACUCAGUUCGGUGGCCACACCCUUGGACCAGCCUUUGCCUACAACAUGGCCUUGGUUCCACACAGCAGCUCGAGCUUCGCCUUGAACGCCACCAUCGCUGCCGACGGCACUGACAAGACUCCCUACAUCAAGGGUAUCUUCCACAACGCGUUGACUGGCGCUUCCACUCCUCUCAAGGCCCAAGGUGUCGGCGCUCCCGGUAUUUCAUGGCUGGAUGCUGCUAUCAAGAGUCUUCUCCUCGACACAGCCCUUCCUCCUCUCAAGGAACCCCCAAUCUCGUCGGUGACUAUCAACUCGAUGGAGAUGGACUUUGCCUGCGGCGAGUCCUGUAUCUGGGCUCCUAUGGCCAAAUCGAGCAUCACGGCCGACACCAAACUCCCCUUUGCGAUGGAUGUUCCCAUUAAGCAGCUUGCUCAGAAUGUUCAGAUCUUGGAUGAAAAUGGUCAAGUUGUUGGUACCCUCAAGACUGAGUACACUGAUGCCACCACAGUCGGCUCCAAGGUGUCGGCCAACACCCCUGCUGCUCCUUUGGUCGUUGCUGACGGAUCUCACGACAUCUACACGGCCUUUGUCGGCGCCUUGAACUUGGCCACUGACUACAAACUCGGCCUCCGCGGUUCUGCUGACUCGAUGUUGGAUCUUGGCCCAUUUGGUCUGGUCGAGAUCAAGGGAAUCCCCAUCGACGUCACGACUUCGAUGGCCGGUCUUCAAGGACUCAAGAACAUCGAGUUCGUGUCGGUCCUCGAGAUCUCUCCCAACUUUUUGACGGGAUUCACUUUCGUUACCACCGUUGUCAAAAUUCACAACCCCAGUCAGCUUACCCUCAACAUUGGUACCUUGGGCAUGGCUGCAGGAUACAAGGGAUACGAAGACGAAAACAGAAUCGGAUACACUGAGAUCUUUAAUCUUCGCCUCGUCCCAGGAGACAAUAUCGUACCCUCACUACUAGGUCAAUCCGCCGACGCACCUAGUGCUGUUACCUUCGCAGCUGACCUUGUUCUGAUGUCCCCCACUAUGACUUUGUGGGCCAACUCGACUGCAACCUCCAACCCCGCCUUGAACGCUGGACUGUCGACACUCAAGACAUCUCUUGUUCUUCCCCAGAACCUCAUCGUUCCCAUCCCUCCCCCACCAGCAUACAGCAACGUCUGGACUGUCAAGAUCCUGUCAACCACCGUCAACGACGGCAUCAUCGAGAUGACCACUACGUUCAACAACCCGUUCCUCUAUGAGUUCUCAGUGACAGGAGAUGCUACCAAGGCGGAUAGUGAUUAUGUCUACGACCCAUCCAUCCUCACUGUUCAAGCUCCAGGAUACAACGCAGCCAACCCCAUACGAUUCAUUAAUGACUUUCAGUACAGUCUCAAGACCGGCGAGUCCAAGACCAUCACUUUCAAGAUGCAGCUCCAGAGGGUUGGUGCACAGCCGCUUAUGCUCAAGUUCAUUGAAGGUAUUAUCCCUGCUGCCGCAUCUGGUCCCCUCAAGUCACUGGCUGUCUUCUGGUCGCCCAAGGUUACUGUCACCGGCCACCCCAUCGGUAUUGUUCCAGACCUGAGCAGCAUCGUUUUCUACCCCAAUACCGGGGGUAUCAUCACACUUCAAACUGGACCUGACUUCCCCAUGAUCAAGGACUGGUACUACAAGGAAUACAACUACACUGGCGUGCCUACCCCAAUCGCCCCUCCUCCAGAGACAACAAGCAUUCUCCCUACAGCUCCCUCAGACGUCCCCACCCCAACCCCUUCGGUCGUUCCCACCGAUACCCCUCUGCCUACCACGCCUGCGACCGUCGAGCCUACCGUCUCCCCUACCAUCGAGCCUACUGUCGAGCCUACUGCCGUCCCUACCGUCGCACCUGCGGCCUAA